AUGAAAUUAGUGGUGCCAAGAAUAGACAACUCUCAGCUACACAAUUUGCUCAAGAGAUCAAAGAAUUGUGUCGAUCAUCAAAACAAGGAUCGAGAAACUAUAUCAACUCAUACGUAUCGAAACAAUGUCACUGAACCUAACAAGAUAAAAGAAGUCAUCCCUCAAGUCUACAUUGAAUGUGUGUCAUCUCUUCCACAAGAGUCCAGAAAUUUUACGACCUACACAUGGAGAUACAGUGAUUGCUCACUCAUGAAAAAACCUUUAAACGAAUUUCCAAACAUGAAAACAAUAUUAAUGAAUCAAAAUUAUAGAUCUACAAAGAAUAAUUUGAAAUUGAGCGAUGAAAUCAUUGCACAAAAUACAGACCGAAUAAGAGAAGAGAAUUUAUUCACAUUUAACAUUACAGGAAUACCCAUCUCUAUACGAUUGCAAUCCUUCGAGAAUGAUUUUGCUGUGAAUGGCAUUAAAUAUCGAGUAUUGGGAUGCUUUAAAUUCUAUGAUCGUAUGGAAGUGAAAGAUAUCAUCUCCUAUGCAAGAAUUGUUGAUAAUGUUAAUGAUGAUAUGGCUUUUGAGAGAUGCAUUAACAUUCCAAAGAGAUGUAUAGGAGAAGGUUCUCUUGCUUCAUUGAAAAAGGCUGCAAAAGAAAAGAACCUUUCUUGCUAUGAAACGAUUCGUCUUGUAUGCAAAGAAAAACAGAAAAUUUCUGGAGUGCAAGCUAAAAAAGGAUUUAAACAAUUCAUUGAUUGA